AUGGACGAGUCGGCAGAGAAGAGGCGGCUGCUGCGGCCUGCGUCUCCAAGCGGAGAUUCAUCCUCGCCGCAGCCUCCGCCAUAUGAGGCCCCAGCCUAUCCCAGGAGACCGCGCCAUCGCCGGCUGUUUAUGCGGAGCAUCUUGUCCAUCAGGACAGGCUUGAGUGUUGUGGUUGCUGCAUCCGUGCUAUGGCUGUGCUUUGCCGUCGAUCGCCAGUACCGAGCCCAGCAGCCCCAUGAUGGGAGAGCUUCGUCGAAGCUGUUGCAGCGCUUUGAGGAAUCGCUGGCGCAAUGUCAGGGGCUGGGAAAGGUCCCUGGCAGGCCUGCGCCUGGUUCUCGACAAAGCAACCCGCGAUGGUCGCCGACCAAUGGCCAAAUCGGGACGACUGUGUUGAGAAACGCGACCCUGUUCGACGGUGAGGCUUUCGUUCCAGGCGCAGUCGACAUUGUCUUUUCCAAGGGUCUCAUUGAAGCCGUUCACAAGGCGUCAGACAACAAGGCGAUUGUAGGCGACAACGUCGUCGAGUACAACGUCCACGGCCGAUAUGUCACCCCCGGCCUGGUGGACAUGCAUUCGCAUCACUACCUUGGGACAUGGCCCGGGACCGCAUCAACUGAUGACGGCAAUGAAGUGCACCCGGACACUAAAGCAUUCACCCCAGCAGUGCGUGUGAUCGAUGCCUUGAAGGCGUAUGAUGAAGGCGCCACGUUGAUUCUAUCGGGCGGUGUCACAUCUUCACUCAUCAUCCCCGGCUCGGCAAAUCUCAUUGCUGGUGAGGGUAUGCCUGUAAAGAACUCGCUCUAUUCUGGAGAACAUUCCGAGCCCGUCGUUGAAGAUUUGCAUCUCGAGAGAGGAGUGCCUGUAAACGAACGCCGCCGGUACAUGAAGUUUGCAUUUGGCGAAAAUCCAAAGGGUACAUGGGGCUACACUCGGCUCGGUAACGCCUGGCACUUGCGAGAGCAUCUGCAAAAGGCCAAGGAGUUGAAAGAAAAACAGGACGACUACUGCUCUGCCAUCCUGGAGAGCCGUCACUGGCAUGAUGGCCUCAAAGCAAGCUUUAUUCACCACCACGGAAAGUUUCCAUUCCAGCUAGACCUCGAAUCAACAGUCGCCAUUCUUCGGGGACAAGUCAUUGUACAGAACCACAACUAUGAGCCGGAAGACUUGGAGACUAUGCUUCGGAUAAGCCACGAGUUUGGGUACAGGGUCUCGGGAUUCCACCACGCUACCGAGGCCUGGCAAGUGCCAAACUUGCUCAAGGAGCAGGGAGACAACGUCACUGUUGCCAUCUUUGCAGAAUUCAGUCUGUACAAGCAAGAGGCGUAUUCGCCGAGCCUGUAUGCAGGACACAUUCUCGAUAAGAAUGGUAUUCCUGUAGCUUACAAGUCUGACCACGUCAUUGGCCUAACAAGUGCCAAGUAUUUGGCCUCUCAAGCAGCCAUUGGGUAUGCCUUCAAGCUUCCGGAAGAAAAGGCGCUUCAGUCAAUCACCUCCAUUCCAGCAAAGGCAAUCGAUCUUGAUUUCCGUGUAGGAUACUGUAAGCCUGGCUUCGACGCAGACAUUGUGGUAUGGGACUCCCACCCUCUAUCAAUUGGCGCGACGCCUUUGCAGGUCUUCGUCGAUGGUCAAGCCCAGCUUGAUGAAUCUCAGGUCAAGCAGAGCAUGGACAUGACAUUUACGGCAGCUCGUACUGGAGAUGAAAAUGACUCUAUUAAGCCACAGAUGCGGUAUGAGAUCUCGGACGAGCAGAGAGAAUCGACGUGUUCUCAAGCCUACGAGGCAGGCCAGAGCUUCGUCAUUGAUGACGGAGAGAUUUCGUGUUUCGGUUCAGCUGGUACAUGCGCAGAAGCAAGAAGCAAGCUCGAGCAAAAUGGAAAGAAGGUUCUUCACCUAUCUCUACAAAAUGGCCAUGUCUUGCCAGGAUUGACGGCCGUCACUCGAGCGCUGGGAAUGAGCGAGAUUGCCAUGCUGGACAGCACUGGUGACGGCCAAGCGGCAAACCAGAAAAUCGGAGAUCCCGAGAGCCUGGUUUAUGCGAAAUACGGCCUUUGGCUUGACGGGAAGUCGUUUGCGAGGGCCCGUCUCGGCGGUGUCACCCGAGCAAUCUCGCUCCCGCUGGCAGAUGCGUCCGGCUUCGUCCAGGGCGUCAGCGUAGAGUUUCUCACCAGCGGCAAGAAGAGCCUUACGGACGGAGGUAUCGUUCAGGGUGAUGUGGCUCUGCAUCUGUCUCUGGGUGAUGCCACUAAGCAAUCGGAGGGCACGGUUAGCAGUGGAAUUCACCAUCUCCGGAAAAUGCUAGAGGAUGGGAAAGGGAAACAUAACGAGACCCUGUACGGGCGAGUGGCGGCGGGUAAACUGCCACUUGUUGUGCAGAGCAACAACAAGUAUGACUUGUCUCAACUGAUCCUCGUCAAGAAAGACUUUCCCGAAACCAAUCUCGUGAUACUUGGCGGCAAGGAAGCGCCCUAUGUGGCCAAAGAGCUCGCUGCUGCCAACAUCUCCGUCAUUCUGUCAGAAAAUCGGCCCGCCCCUGAUGUAUUCCGCGACAAGGACGCAGUAGUCGGGCCGCCUCUUACUAGAAGCGUGGCCAGUUAUCUCAAGGAGGCUGGUGUUACAUUUGCUUUGUCCAUUUUCGAGACUGCAAUGCCGGUAGACUAUCGCGUCCACGAUCUAGGUCCGGAAGCUGGGUGGGCGGCCAAGUACGCUCACCUGAGCCAGGAAGACACCGUUCGGCUUGUGACUUCGAACGUGGAGUCGAUUUUGGGGCUGGAGAAGAGUAGGGACUUGGUGGUGUUUGAGGGCAAUCCGCUGAGUUACGGGGCUUCCGUGGUGGUUUCUUUCCAUGCGAAUGUGGAGACUGGGAAGUUGGAAGUUGCUACUUGCUUUCCUAGGGAGGAUGAGCAUGGAAGCAGCUUGUAA